AACAGCGACCAGUGUUUUUUAUUUCUGUGCGCGCGCUACCAACACUGAACCAAGCGAAAAUGCGCAAAGCAACAGCUACUUGUGGCAUGCAGUGUCCAAGAGGCGCAUUUAUUCGAAUUUACAAACUGAAAUUGUGAAAUUAUAAAAAGCUAUGUUCACUGCAAAAGCCAUAGAUAAAGAAAUGCAUGGCCUGCAAAAUGCGCAAUCAGGUCCCGAAGCCAAAGAAUAUAAUUUGCUGCGAGCGGACGAAGAAUAUCGCAAUGGCAAUAUGGAGCACUCGAUUUACUACCAAGUGCGUGCACUGUUUCAAAACAGCGACGCACGGUUGAUAACCGAGGCGCAGCAGCUGGAAAAUUGCUCGCCAACAGUUGAGGAAAUUCUUGCUGCCGCCAGCGCCAAAGAAAAAGAAGACUACAAAUCCAAUGCUUUCUUCAGAAACAUUCUCAAAUAUAAUCAAAAGUACGAGCUGGAGCACAAAAAAAGCAAACCGAAAACCAAAGAAAUCUCUUUGGAUAAAUUGGAUUUUCUCGAGGAGAUUCAAGAGCCCGUUGCAGGCUUUGCCAGCAUUGCGUCUGUUUGCCGCCAGUUGCCGCAGGAAUGGUGCGUGUUGCAGCUAUGCAAGAGCUUCAAUCCAGCCACCACCUGCUCCACAUACUACGAGAUUGCAGGCUCGAAAGGCGACAUCUAUCUGAGCUUAUUGCAGCACUGUCGCAGCCCUGAACUCGGUCCAAUAUGUCUGCGCUUUGAUAAUGCUGCAUUGGUGGACAUCUUCAAGCGUUAUGGCACUUUAGUGGAACGCUUUAAGCGUGUGGUAACAGUUGAUCCGACUGCUGUUAAGACGUCACAGCAAAAGUCAAAAUACUGGAAUGAAUUGAAUGCCUAUAGCGAUGAUCUGCAGGAACUCAUCAAUGAUUUGAAGCGCGUCUUUGCUCCCUAUAAUUUUUUAUUUCUGGGAAAACGCUAUCAUUGCGCCUCUCUGAAGCAGAACAUGGAACAGGCUUGGGCCAGCGUAGAUGAACUGUGUGCCAAGCUCAACUGGAGCAAUCAGCAGCGUAUAUUGCUCUCUCAAGCGGUUCUACAUGCGAAUCGCUUUGACAACGACGAGCAGAAGGCGCUGAGCCUGGAACUGGCCAAUUAUAAAACGACUGAAGCACAACAAGCGCUGCAGCUGCUCAAGCUGUGGAGCAGUAACUGGUCAACACUGCAGCAAGAACAGCCGUUGGCUGAGAAGCGUUUUCCUUUGCUACUCGUGGUGGAUGAGCGUCUGGAUCACAUGCAUUGGGAGCAGCUGAUGCCGCUGCAGGAGUGCACGCGCUUCAAGUCGCUGCACAGCUUGUGGCGCCUCUACAAAUGUCACAAAGCGCAGGUGCAACAUGGCUACUACACGGUGAGAGUCGAGCGACACGGGAUGAGUAUCAUAAAUCCCGAGUCGGAUUUGGUUAAAUCGGGGCAACGAAUGCGCAGUUUUCUGGAAUAUUGGCUGCCACAUUGGCAGCACAUGUUCGAGACGAAACCCACCGAGCAGUUGCUCACGGAUCAGGCUUUCAAAGCGGACUGUUUUGUUUAUGCUGGUCAUGGCUCCAGUUUGCAAUAUGUUUCGAGUCGCGUCAUUUAUCGCAAUCGCAUCAAAGGCGUCGUCUUUCUUUUUGGCUGUGAUUCGACGCGUGUGAUGAGUUCAGGUCUCUAUAGUCCGCUUUAUGGUGCUCACGAUUACUAUCAUGGCGCACUUUGUCCCACUGUUGUGGGCACUUUGAUGCCCGCGCUCGAUGGCAACAUGGACAACAUUGCCACCAAUCUGCUCAGUCGCUGGAUUGCACCGGCCAAUGGCAAAGUGACGCCCUGGACACAGAUUGAUCGCGUACCUUGGAUCUCUCAGGGCACCAUAAAAGCUUUAAAAGGCGUCACACAGACUGUGGAUCAAGUCACGGACUAUCAAGUCGGCAGCCUUUGCUCGAUUCUCGCAGGGAUACAGCAGGGCAAGGUGGAGCCCAAGGUUUACAACUAUUGCGUCUAUGUAUCACGUGGUUUACCCGCUUGGAAUCUCGCUGUGGAGAAGCUGCCAUUCUCAAAUAAUUAGGCUACUCAUUCACAACUAGUUAGGCAAUUUAUUCAAUUGGUUGUGAAGAGUUUUUAGUGCUAAGUAAAGUAAUGUGAAAUCAAAGUGAGAAGUCUGUUAGUUCUUACUACUUUUAAUUAUUGAAUUUAAUUCAAGUAGUUUCACUUGUUAUUGAAAUUUGAAUUGUAAACCCAGAAUUCUUAGGAGAUAAGUAGCGAUAUAAAGAGAGCAAAUGGUCUGCAAAAUGUUCACAUUGUAAGUCCCAAAAUAAGACUGUCAAAGAAGACCAAAAUAAAGUGUUGAAUUUAAAA